AUGUGGUUUUUAUUAAUUAAAUUACUUGUGAUUUCUUUUUGUACCCCUGAAAUACAAAAUCCUACGUUAAUAGGUAGAGCUUCAGUUGAAGGUUUAAAUUUUGUUAGUAAACUUGGUCAUAAAAUAAUUGAUUAUGAAAUUCCAAAAAUAACAAUUCCAGAGAUAGAUUUAGAUAUAGAUGCUGGUCCAGGAAAAGGUCAUUUGGUUGUUGAAGAUUUAUAUAUUCCAAAAUUUCAAACACCAAAAUUUAAAUUUAUUCUUGAACCACCAAGAAGUAUUCAUUGGGUAUCAGAGGGUGGAUAUAUUAUAGCUAAAGGAAAUAUUAAUGUAAAGUAUACUGUUUUAGUACCUUUUUAUUUUACAGCAUCAGUAAAUAUUCAUGCUUCAGAUAUAAGAACAAAUUAUUCUAUCUCUCUUCAUCAUUUACAAGGCCGACCACAAUUAGAUGUAAAUUAUUGUGAUACAGAUAUUAAUGAUUUAACAAUAUCUUUUGGUGGUGGAGCAAUACCAUGGAUAGUUAAUCUUUUUAAAACACCUUUAUCUAAUGUAGCAAGAAAUUUAAUUAAAAAACAAUUUUGUGAUCAAUUAAAAACAGUUUUGUUAAGUGAAAUUAAUGAGUUACUUGUUGAGUUACCUUUACAUAUAGAUGUUUGGGAGAACUUUUUUAUUACUUAUGAUUAUGAUCAUUUACCUAUUGUAACAAAUGAAUAUGUUCAAUUGGAUGUAUUUGCUAUAGUAUCAAUUGGUGAAGAAAAAUGUCCUUAUGAAGUAAGUAAAAUGGAUACAUCUGAGGCUCCCUCUGAUUUUAUGGGUAGUAUUUGGGCUUCAUCAGUUAUACCUAAUUGUUUUUUAUAUUCAUUAUAUAAAGAACAAGUAGUCAAAUUUAUUAUUAAUAAAAAUUUAGGACAACCAUUAGAAGGAUUAUUAAAAACAACCUGUGGAUUUCUUGAAAUAUGUUUAGGAAGAUUCUUUAAAAUUCUUAGAGAUAAAUAUCCUAAUAAAUUUAUUGAUAUAAUUGUAAAAUUAAAUGAAAAUCCAAAUAUUAAAAUAACUAAAAAAGAUGGAAUUUUUUUUGAUGGAAUAUUUUCAUUUGACUUUACUAUUUCUCCAUAUAAAGAAGGUGAUGAGAUAUUGGCACGUCUCCUCUCUGAAACUAAUGCUACUUUGAUACCUUAUAUUAAGAAUGGUAAAGCUAAAGUUAAUAUUGGAGAUUUAGAUUUUACAUUAAAAGAAGAAUUUUCAAAUAUAGGAAAUUUUUCAACCAAAAUAUGUAACUUAAUUGCUGAUAUAAUAAAACCUACUUUGAAAAAAACUCUUCAAACUUUUGGAAAUAAAGGAAUCAAAAUACCAAUGUUUCAAAAUUUUAGUAUUUCUAGUACUUCAGUUAUCCAACCUAUUGACAAUGGAAUUAGAUUAGAUUUUGAUCUAAUAUACAGAAAAAGUUUUUAUAAAUUUCUUUUUGAUCACCUUAGUAAAUCUUAUCAUUUAUGA